GCGUGUCCGGGGCGCUGAUGUAAACACGCUGCGCCUCCCGUCGGGUGGGUGUGAGUGCGGGAUUAAGAUCGCAGUGCGCGAGGAGACGGACCGCGACAUGGACUUCUACAUCAACCUGAAGGUGAACUUCAGGGGGAACUCCAAGAACUUCCUCCUGUCCGGAUCCGAGACCAAGAGCUGGGAGUCCAUGGAGGCCAUGGUGAAGCGUUCGUUUGGCCUGUGCAGUCUUCAGCUGACCUAUUUCGAUGAGGAGAACGAGGAGGUGUCCAUUAACAGCCAAGUGGACUACGAGGAGGCAUUGAAGAGUGCAGUGAGGCAGGGAAAUCGCCUCCACAUGAACGUGUACGAGACUCGGGGCCAGCCGGCGAGGGGCCCCACCUCCAAGACCAGCGGCACGGAGCCGAAGAAGGGCUUCCGCCCCCCGCAGCACUGUCCCGCUCUGGCCCAGGUAGUCAGCCGCAAAGUCCAGGCUGCAGUGCCAGAACAAGGCAUGGUGAUGUUGAAAGAGAUGAAGGGGACCAAAGAAGAAGACAAGACUCCUCCAGCCUGGUUCACCUCCUACAUGGAGAAGUUUAAGGACCAGGUCGUCCGUGAGGCGGUGGAGAAGAUCUGCCGGGAGUUCUCUGGACAGUGCUGCAUUCACAAGCCCCUGGGUGGAGGAGGAGCAGGAGGUGGGGGAGGUAGAGCGGAAGCAGGUGGAGGAACGGAGGUCCAACAGGUCCCAGAGGUCGCCUCCUCCACUCUGCCCGGAGCUCCAUCGCCCUCCACACCUCCCUGCUCCUCCUGCCGGGGGCAGACCACAGGAGGAGGCUACCAGUGCAGUGUGUGCACCUCCUGCACGCUGUGCGAGCCCUGCAGCUUCUCUCAUGAUCCCAGUCACAACCUGGUGAGAGCCAGGACGCCUCUGUCCAUCCCGGAGCACGGAUCCCCCGCCCCGGACCACAGCAGGUUCUACCGGCGAGGGGACCGCAGCUUCCGAAAGGCGGAGAAGCAGCGUCUGAAAGCAGAGAAGCGUCUGCUAAAAGCCGAGGUGAAGGAGAUCCGAAAGCAGCUGAGAAUGGAGAGGCGGGGCAUACAGUGGAGCUCCUCCCACAGAGACGGGAGCUCCUCCCCUGUCCUUCUGCAGCCUCGAGCCACCCAGCACAACAGCCCUGAGCGUCCAAAGCGUCCCUGUCCCCUGGUGGUUCCAGCCAUGACAGCAGCUUUUUUGGACGAGAACCUUCCUGAUGGAACACGACUGCGUCCUGGGACCAAGUUUAUCAAGUACUGGAAGAUGAGGAACACUGGAACCAUCUGCUGGAGCACCGACACUAAGCUGAAGUUCAUGUGGGGAAACCUGGCUGUAGGCUCUGGGGACCGUUGGAGAGAAGUGUCUGUUCCCUUCCUCCAGCCAGGACAGGUGGGUAUAGUGAGUGUGGCGCUGUGUGCUCCUGCUGUAGAGGGCUCUUACACCUCCCACUGGCGUCUGGCCCACGCUGGAGAGCAGUUUGGACCCCGGGUCUGGUGCAGCAUCAUGGUGGAUCCUCUGGCCCCAGCACCCAUGAUGGCUGAUGGGAUACUGGUGUCUCCGUGUGUCACGCCGCAGGGUAAGAACCCAGCUGCAAAGGAUGGAAAAGCCUGUACAGCAAGGGAGCAGCCACUGAUGUCGGUGGACCAAGAGGAGUACUACAUCCCCUCCGUAGACCUGCUCACCGCACAGGAUCUCCUUUCUUUUGAGCUGUUGGACAUAAACAUCGUCCAAGAGUUGGAGAGUGUCCCAAAUAACACCCCUGCUGACAUGACUCCAUGCAUGUCUCCUGUGCAUCAAGAUGGCCUCCUGCAGGACAAGGGCAGUCCCUCUUUGGCUCUCAUCCAGGAAGAAACUGAAGUCAACAAUAGCAUCAUGGAUGCUCCUCAUGGGGCGGGACCUGCAGCCGAGGGGGGCGGAGUUCCAGCUCAGGAGGAAGGGGAGGAUGACAUGAGCGGGACUCAGUUUGUCUGUGAGACUGUGAUUCGUUCAAUGACCCUGGAGGAGGCCCCCGACCACGCCCCUCUGAGAAGGACCCUCCCAGGGCCAGUGUUGCGUCCAGCUGCUCGGGGAGGUUCCUCCUUUUCCUCCUCCUCCUGUGUGAAGAGUAAAACAAUGAAAUCCAAAGAGAGCCCAGACAGCAGCCCCAGCACCUCUAAAAGCCCCCACAAACCUCCGUCUACGCUGAAGGCUCUCCCCCCACCCCCACUAAAAGCCUCCCUGCCGGCUCCGCUCCAUAUGGCCUCAGGCCGCGGCCCCAGCUCGGCCCCAACCCCGCUCAUUGGGGGGCCGGGGUCGUCCUCCAUCACAGGUGAGGAGAACAGGGAGAACAUCCGCAUGGAGAAGAGGCCGGAGAAGGAGGGAGGGGAGAAGAGGGAGGGGACCAGGAGUCGCUCCUCCUCAACCUCUUCGGAGGAUUACAUCAUCAUCCUCCCUGACUGCUUUGACACCAGUCGGCCCCUCGGGGAAUCCAUGUACAGCUCUGCUUUGUCCCAGCCUGGUGACGUCCCAGCCAAGACGCCCACAGACCCAGAAACCCCUUCUCCCACAUUACCGGACACUUCCCCCCCGGAAGGGGGGCCCGGUGAGGCUCAGGGGAUGGCGGUGUCGGGCGCCAGCAGCGCCAACGACAUGCUCUGUACAUCCCAGACGCUGGACGACGAGCCUCUGACCCCUGAAGUGGUGGCCCCGCCUCAAGCCAUCGUCACGCCGAGUCCACAGGGCGGUGAGACAGAUGUGGACCCCGGCCCUUCUGGGGAAGCAGCAGAGGGCUCUGAACUGUACCAAACCCAGGAUGUCUCUGGUCCUGAACAAACUCAGACAGAUGAUGCUGAAGUAACUGACAACACAGAGGAGAACCACCCUGAGGACCCCAGGCACCCAGGCCUCACCGGCGGCCUGGUGAAAGGAGCUCUGUCAGUAGCUGCGUCUGCCUACAAAGCUCUGUUCACUGGACAAGGUCCCUCACAGCCUCCAGUGGAGGCAUCCACACAGGGCACAAUGAUGGCCGUGCUGGUGGAAAUGGGAUUUGGAGACCGGCUGCUGAACCAGCGACUGCUGAAGAAAUACAACUACAACCUGCUGGACGUUGUCAACGAGCUUGUUCAGAUGACUGACAAUGACUGGUACUCAACACGCUACUGACGAGACAGAGGCAAGAACAUGGACAGACACAGAGACACGGCAGCUGUAUGCAAAGAGUUUUAGGAGCUAUGCCUAAAAGAGCUAUGUGUAGCAUUUAGCAUUUGCUAAAAUUGAGUCCCACUGCAGCCUGCAAAGAGUGCUGCUCUAUUAAGGAGUAGUAAGUAGUAAGUAUUACGAGCCAUUGAGCCACCAGUAACGACAAACGUGAAGCUGUACCUUCAACAACAAGACAGUUCCACUGCCACCAUCUGUAGUACUGUUACAGUACUUUACAGUACUGUAACAGUACUUUACAGUCGAGGUAAGAUGGAGCUCAGGGGCUGGCAGAGGACAAAUUGAUCAUGGUUGAAAUGCUACACAUAGCACGUUCCGCUUUGCCCUUUAGGCUGGGGUACAAAUACAAAGCAGCACUAUAAUAUUGAGUAUACAGACGUCACCCAUCUGUUCAAAAACACAUUCAAGUUCCAGCCAACAGCUCAAAGCACUGACAUACGUCCUGAUACCUGUGUGUGUGUGUGUGUGUGUGUGUGUGUGUGUGUGUGUGUGUGUGUGUGUGUGUGUGUGUGUGUGUGUGUGUGUGUGUGUGUGUGGUGUGUGUGUGUGUGUGUGUGUGUGUGUGUGUGUGUGUGUGUGUGUGUGUGUGUGUGUGUUCUAUUCCUUGGGUGGGUUCAUCCCUUAAAGGGUCACUACACAUUCCAUAGGAUAGAGCUACGCCCGGAGAGCUCGUCCCCGCUUUCUCUGGAAAGAAAACUUCCAUAUCAAGUCAUGUUUACGUUGUAAAUGAAGAUUGCAGGUUUUCCUGUAACUAAAAGAGAGGGUCCAAGCAGAACUCUAGGGGAUUAGCCCGGGCGGCUUUGGUUCAAUUAAACUGUAAUAUAAGUAUGAAAAUAUCUUCUUGUUGAGUUCAUGUGUGGGACACAGUUAUACGUUGCAUUAGUCGGACAAGGCAAUCUUCAGUUCUUAUCUUGGGUCCAGAUCAACCAAUUGGGUUCCGUUGGGUCCAGACUGAGAGAUACGGGUUCCAAGCUUAAGGCCUAAUUUAAAGAAGAAAAAACCUUUGGAAUGUGUAUUUUUGCACUUUGCCAACCUAUUUUUGCCAGAGAUGUAAUUGGAAAUCCCCUUUCCUGUGGCAUAUAUCUGGCUUGUGAUAUAAAAUGAAAUGUACCUUCAAUGUGAAUGUGAAGAACGCGGCUUCUGUUGGAGUCACAUGACUGCGUUCAUGUAGGUCAUGAUCCUUGUGCUGGAUACAGAGGUCUUAUCCACACUCAUUUAGGUUCAAUUAAACAGCAUCAUUCCUAAUACUAAAAAGCCCCCGUGUGUUCCCUGAUGAUCCAAUAAACUUCUUUGAGGGUUAAAAUGUUAAAAAUGAAGAAGUCCCUCACAUUUGGUUCACCUUAUUUAUCUUCUUUCAGCCAGAGGGACAAACGGUAUUUGGCCGAGUUGGACAGGGCGGAUUCAAAUCCAAAUGGGACAUGAUGAGUUUGUACCAUCUUGCCAUCUGUUUUCUUGUAACUCUACACACAUGGAUGUGUAAAUCUUUUGGUUAGCGCACAUGAGCGUAUGUGCAGUUAGCAGUGAGGGAAUGAAGCGAUGUAUGAAUAUAAAUAGAAGCGUCCUAGUGUGAAGCAACGGUUACCAGUUGGCUCCUUUAGUUUCAGAUUGUCCACAGUGCUUUUACUUUGAAUGCUUGGUAAUUAUCCUGUAUCUUUAGGCCUGUUCUGUGAGGGUUGAGUUUCCACCGUUGUACGUGUGACCAUGUUUUUGUUUGUAAAAAAAGUGAGUGGAUUUGAAAGAUUUGGGGUUGAUAUGACUUAAUGAAACACCACAUGUAAGUAAUAGACACACUUUACAAUAAAUCUCCACACAAUAGUUUGACACUGUGGGAAAUAAGCUCAUUCUCUUUCCUGCCCAAUGUGAAGCCACCAAAGUGAUGAUGAAGUAUCCUCAUCUAAAUAUGUCAUGUUGACGAGUAUUUCAAAUGCAACAUUGAAAAUAUUAUGAGGUGGUUACACAGUUUUUUCUGUAGGUGUCCCUAUGAAUUGUUCUCCUGCUAUAUAUCCACAGCUCCUGGGGAACCUCUUACCGUGGGUUCCUUAAUGUUCUCAGUAUGUAUCCCAGAGAGCAUCCUGCAACUGAGUCUCACCACACUCCCUUUAAACGGCAUCAGGCGCUCGAGGCCCUUCUGGAGUUUCACAUGGGACCUAAUGUUGGAAAAAAGAUGUAUAAUGAAAUCAACGAUGAGUGACAAAUAAAGUUGUGAUCCUGUUUGAAUUGUGACUGACUCACCCAUUGUAUGUUUGUCAAAUUAAAAGAAUUAAACGAGUCAGUUAAGUUGCAA